AACAGCCCCCCUGGAGAUGGAGUCACCCCUGACUCUCAGUCUGCUUCCACCCAGCACUGUGGUGACAUCUACCCGAGCCGAAGGACAGAACAACUUACUUCACUAGCGCAAAGAUUCUACAGAAGAUGGUGAUCUCGAAAAAAGCUGUCUAGGAAAAAACGAAAGGAAUGAAGGGGCUCAUCGUCUGGGCUCUAUUCCUCGCCGCCUCGAUACCAUGGCUUGGGGCGAGGACAGUCCCGGAAAGCAAAUACGUCUGGAAAACAGGUAAAUGGGAGUCGUGUUAUGCUGCGAACGGCUGCGGAGAAGGUAUACGGGAGAGAAAGGUCUGGUGUUCCGAUCGGACCACCAGCAGUAUCGCUGUUGAAUUUUGUUGUAAAAAAAGUGAAGAACCUGAAAGGACAAAACCAUGUUUCGCCGCCUGCCGACACCACAGAGACCAUUUGGAAUGGAGGAUGGGUGAAUGGGGCCCAUGCUCGACCAGUGACAAUGAAGUGGGCGGAACUGAAACUGGAAUCAUGAAGAGAAAUGUAACUUGCAUCCUAACGUCACACGACCGCAACAUGCAGAAGUUGAUGGUGAUAGACGAUGAUAACUGUCUGAUUGUCGGCAAACGACCAGACUCUGUGAGGAUUUGUGUCAUGCCGACGAGGCAGGAGUGCGUUCUUACCGAAUGGAGCGAGUGGACGCCGUGCUGUGAUUCGACGCGGCAUCGAACGAGGAGUGUAGUCGUUGCUCCGCAUUACGGGGCCCAACCAUGCCCGCAGUUGAGCGAAUGGAAAUCCUGUGAUAUCGAAGACUCGGAAUGCGAUAAAAGUUCGGGAGGGACAAGGUUGAGGGUAGAAAAAUGGGGUGAAUGCGUUGUGAACGGUGGUACUCUGUGGGACGGCGAUAGCAGAGGACAAGCUGACAAUUAUUACAAGCAUUGGCCUCAAGUCGGUACACAGAGGAGGACGGUCACGUGCCUAAAUUCGGCAGGCGUUUCUCUCGACCCAAAGGAAUGUUUUAACGAGAGAAGUGAAAUCGGAUUUCCCAUGAGAGAACGGGCUUGCAUAAUUUCACAAGACUGCGCAGUCAGCAAAUGGUCCGACUGGACUGUCAUACAAGAAGGAUGCGUAGAUCCGAACGGAGUGGAAUGGGCAGAAAUAACAGAAAGAAAGCGUGAAGUGCUUCGGCUACAUGAAGGUCAAGGGCAAGGAUGUCCUCACCUCACAGAAACAAAGUCUACAACUGCAAACCUUCCGCUUUGUUCUUUGAAGUACCAUUGGGUCACAUCCCAUUGGAGCUCGUGUACAAUGCCCGGAGUAAAUGGAAAAGUGGUAUGCGGGGGAGGUCUUCAGCGGCGCAAUGUGACUUGUGUCAAGGCGGAUGGAGGGCAACCUCUGGCCCCCAAAUAUUGUCGGAAUCUGCAACACCCACUCACCGUACAGAGAUGUGAAGUCGCUUGCCCGAGGGACUGUGAAGUAAGUCAAUGGGGCUCAUGGGGGCCGUGCAAACCCCAUCCGGAUAUUUGCACUACUUCAACUAAUCAAGAACAGCCCAGAUUUUUUCCCAAUAGAGGAGAAAGAAAACGAACUAGAACCGUCCUUGUGGCACCGAGCGAUUUAGGCCUAGGCUGCCCCAGUCUGGAGGAAGUCCAACCUUGUGAUAUACCCCGCUGUUACAUUUGGCAAACAAGCCCUUGGUCAAGCUGUUACCUCAAUUCACACCAAUCGAAAUGCGGUUCAGGAAGGAGAAAGAGGAAUGUCAAAUGCAUCACUCAUGCAGGAGAGCCUGUACCAGAUAGCUUCUGCUCCGAACCUAUGCCAGAGGCAGAAGAGCCAUGCCUCCUCCCUUGCCCUUAUGACUGUGUAGUUUCAGCUUGGUCAUCUUGGACAUCAUGUUCCCAACCUUGCUCUACAUCGAAUAACAUGGGUACAAAAUCAAGAAAUAGAACCAUAAUCGCUCCCCCUGGCAAAGCCGGUCAUCCGUGCCCCAACCCAGACGAGUUUAUGCAAAUUAAAGGAUGCAACACUCAUGGCUGCCAUGGAUACAGCUGGAUGACGCUUCCAUGGCAAGAAUGUAAUGCCACUUGUGAUUCAGAAGGUUAUCAGGUCAGGGAAAUCUGGUGUGCAGAAAACCAAGAAAGAGUCUCUGAUGACAGAUGUUCAACAUUGAAGAAGCCAACCGAUACCAGGACAUGUACUAUAGAGUGCCCAACCGAAUGUCAAGUCACCCCUUGGUCAGACUGGUCUGAGUGUGAUUCGCAUAUAUGCUAUCCAAAUGGAUCAAGGGGAAUUUUAUCAAGACAAUCUAGAUACCGAGUAGUUCUAAGAGGGGAAAACUGUGGUCCAUUGACCGAAACAAGAAAUUGUGAAAUUCGUUCUUCACCAUGUCCUAAAUAUAGCUGGGCUACUGGAAACUGGUCUGACUGUCAGUUGGCUGAAGGAGUAAUUUGUGGCCAUGGUCUUCGUACAAGAGAUCUUUGGUGUACAAUGAGUGAUACUGACAAAAGAGUCGAACUCAGAUAUUGCUUGGCUGGAGAAGAACCGAUUCCUAUAAGUGUAGAAAGGUGCCAUGCCGACUGUCACACGCCCUGCCAGUUGACAGAAUGGAGCCAGUGGACAGCCUGCAAACAACCAUGUAGUGGAGAAAAGACCAGAAAACGAGAGCUGAUAGGAUUAUCAUCUCAGCAUAAAGCUUGCAAAGAAAUGAAGUUAAUGGAAACAAUGGACUGUCCAUGUACUGUCUAUUACAACUUGCCUUUGUCUGAUUGGUCAUCAUGCCUCACCAAUGAAAGCACACCUUGUGGAACUGGAACUCGAUAUAGAGCAAUGGGUUGUUUCAAUGAGAAAAAUCACCAACUUGUUGAUCCAAGUCUUUGUGGAGGAAGUAAUGGCUUAAAAGAAGAACCCUGCUUUAUUUCAUGUCCUAUCGACUGCAUUCUUGGUGAGUGGACAUCAUGGGGAGAUUGCAGCUCCCAGUGUGGGCCUGGGAUGCAGAAUAGGACAAGAAAGAUCUUACGAAAAGAAUCUCAUGGUGGCCGACCUUGCGGAAAUGAAGUCGAAACUAAAGUGUGCAAUACACAAUGUGAUAUUUAUGAGUGGCAAGCAGGUGGAUGGAGUGAAUGUAGGCUGUUACCGUCAGACAGGCCAAAAGACUGCGGCGCUGGUGAUCAAUACCGACAAGUCAGGUGUGUUGACAAAAGAUCGUUAAUAGAAGUAGAAGAAGAAAUGUGUGACUGGGCUACGCAACCACUGAAUAUGAAGCCUUGUCACAUCGCAUGUCCAGGAGAUUGUGUGUUAAGCCCUUGGUCAGAAUGGUCUCUUUGUCCUAAAGAUUGUUCUGGCAAUACACAGCAGCAAAGAACAAGAUCUUUACUCAGAGCAGCAGCCAAUAGUGGAGCGGAAUGCCCGCGAUCUAUUGAGACACAAGCAUGCCAAUUAAAUAUGACUUGCUUCACAUACAAGUGGGCAGUGACAAACUACACAUCUUGCCUACCACUUGGAGGAAGUCCAUGUGGUGAAGGAUUGGUUACCAGGACAAUCUACUGCCAGAGAAGUGAUGGAAGACCAGUUGCAGACAGUUGGUGCACUGGACUUGUAAAACCAGUUUCAGCAGACAAAUGGUGUUAUAUUGAAUGCCCUAUAGACUGUGAAUUAUCUGAAUGGAGUGAAUGGAAUUCGACCAAGUGUCAUUGUAAUCAAUCUGGGAUGUCCAGACAUGCCAUCAUAAAAACAAACCCAAGUUCGACUGGUCGACCAUGCCCCAAUCUUAUUCAAUGGAAACCCUGCCCAGCCACCCCUUGCUACAGUUGGCAAGCAAGCCCUUGGACACCGUGCCAGCUCCAUGUAAGACUAAAAGGUGCUACAUGCGGCCAUGGUGUAAAGACCAGGAACAUAACAUGUAUCAGAGGUAAAGACAAUGUAACAGUUGAAAAUUGGCAUUGCUCUGGAACAAGGAAGCCUCCCACUUGGGAACAGUGUCAUAGCCCAUGUGACAGUGAUUGUCAAUUAUCGAAUUGGAGCGAGUGGUCCCAUUGUCAUGCAGACUGUACUAAGGAAACUUCAGGUUAUCAGACGAGAUCAAGGGCUGUUAUUAGGCCCGCCCAGUCUGCAGGAGCUGAACCUUGCCCAGAAGCCCUUUGGGAAACGAGACCCUGUGACUUGGGCCCUUGUUACACCUUUGAUUGGACAGUCGAUUCGACUGGCCAAGUAAUUUGCCAACGAUCAGAUGGUCUACAUGUUGUUGGUGGGUGUAAUGGGAAAAAGAAGCCCGGUACCUCAGCUUGUCAAUGGCAAGAUGGUCACUGUUUGUGUGAAGAUGGUGCGAUUGUAUUACAACAAACAGCUUGCCCAUCAGAAACCAAUGAAGUUCAAGCAAGAGUCUACUACCCAAGAGAUGAUCACUUGAGUGUAUGGAUGUUUGCUAUGAUUGGAAUUGGAUGUGUUUUCAUAAUAUUUGUCGCUGCUUCUAUUUAUCUACUUUGCCAUUCAGGACGAGAAGUUGGCAUGGGAUACCAGUCAACAAAGUAAAUGCUGUUUCUUCCAAAAUAACAAAUGUUUCUUUGAGAAAUUAACUGAAGAUUAUGACAGUUAAUAAUACUACAGAAUUUUUAAUAUGUACACCUUAUACUUUGAAGCAUUCUGUUUCAUAGAAAGGCCAAUUGUUUUGCUAUAUGUAAUUUUAUAUAUGUACUUGAUGUUAGGGAAAGCAGUAUUUAAAUUUCCCAUGUUGCA